AUGACCACAGUGGGAGGGGACAGAUGGAUGUGGAACUGCAGGCUGCUCAUUCAGCACCGCUGUCGUUACUGUGAAUGUGAACAUAGCCAGUACCAGGACGGUCAAGCCUGGCUUGUGGCACUGGCUGAGUGUUCGUCACAGCAGACCACUAGGCAUCAUUUUUCUGUCGGAACUAGUGAGAGUUCAAGCACUGUAGAGGCUACAACCCAAACCUCAACCAGCAAAGCUACUUCGUCUGAGUCCUCUGUGACAUCUAGUGCUGCUAGUUCUUCGUCUGAGUCCUCUGUGACAACUGGUGCUGCUGGUUCUUCGUCUGAGUCCUCUGUGACAUCUAGUGCUGCUGGUUCUUCGUCUGAGUCCUCCGUGACAUCUAGUGCUGCUGGUUCUUCGUCUGAGUCCUCUGUGACAACUGGUGCUGCUGGUUCUUCGUCUGAGUCCUCUGUGACAUCUAGUGCUGCUGGUUCUUCGUCUGAGUCCUCCGUGACAACUGGUGCUGCUGGUUCUUCGUCUGAGUCCUCUGUGACAGCUGAUGAUACUACCACACCUACUUCUUCCCCUGUGCCUGAGGCCACAACACAGACCAAUACUUCACCGAGUCCAGGUCCUUGCAAAAAUGGCUCCUGUGGAGACACGGCUUCCUGUGUUAUGCUGUAUGACGAACAUUUCUGCCUGUGUGUAGAAGGCUAUUACUAUCACCCUAACAAGUGUGAGAGAGGAAAGACAUUCCCUGGAGAGAUUGCAACAAAGGUAUCUGAGACAUCUGACUUGGAAGACACAAGCUCUUUGGCCUAUCAGACAUUAUAUAAGGACCUUAAGGGCUUUUUUGAACAUGCAUUUAACCAAGAUUAUAAACAGACUGUAAUUCUUAAAACAAGCAUGUCCUCUUCUCUGUCAGCAAGAUCGGCAAUGCGUGCUAGUGAAAAGACGGUUUAUGUGUCAGUAGUAAAUAUUUUUGUACAAAAUACAACUCUAACUGAGGAGAAUGUAUCUUCUACCAUAAAAGAGGCAGUUAGAAGAAAUGAAAACAUGGAAGAAUAUAUUAACAAGAGUUCGUGUGAUUAUUAUGGUUGUGAAGCGAAUGGCACAGAUACUUGCCAAGAUGUUUUACAAUGCAAAUGCAAGCCUGGGCUGAAGAGAGCAACUCCACAGUCUCUUUUUUGUUUACCCCUAGAGUGUUCCGAACACUGCAGUGCAGCAGUCAACAAGCAAUGCUUUAAAAGAGAGAAUGACGGGAUACUGCAGUGCAUGUGCCAGCCGGGCUACCAGAGAGAUGAUGCAGGGAACUGCAGAGAGUGUCCAUUUGGCUACCGCGGGACAGACUGCAAAGACCAAUUUCAGCUGAUCCUUACCAUCGUGGGUACCAUUGCUGGCGUCCUUAUCGUUAGCAUGCUGAUCUCACUGAUUGUCGUCUCGAGAUCGAAGAACAGAAGGAAGGAUACCGAAGAACAGAAGUUGAUUGAGAAUGACUUUCAGAACCUGCAACUGCAGCAGACGGGCUUCACAGACUAUGGAGCCAAUAGCAUGUUUCCCAAAGUCAAAACAGGGGCCCCCAGGAAUGGUCUGGCACAGAACCCCUACUCAAUCCAGAGAAGCAUACCUCGCCCUGAUUACUAGCAUGUUAAGAAUUCAGAACCCUCCCCAGCCCAGCCCAUACAAGCUGUGAUCUUGAGUGUUUAAAGAACAAGGAGAAAUGGACAGGGGUGAUGGUCUAGCCUCUGGUGCUCCUCUCUGUCCCAUCUACUAAACCCUCUGAGGUGGACAUGAAUGAAGAAUGCGACUUUCUGAAGAUGCCUAUGACAUUAAAUGCACCUAGACACUAUGAGCCUUUGUAUGAGUUGAUUUUUCUCCAGUUACUACAAAGUACUAAGAUGGCUGGUGUGAGGCUUUUCUUUCUUGGUGGGACAAUGGUCAGCAUUUCCAAUCAAGAGAGAAGAGCACCUGCGUUACCCAUCCCCGGACUCUGGCUCCUGAUGAACAGCCAGCGGCUUAUGACAGGGUCCCUCUCCAAGAAUACAGGCAAAAGACAGACACAGCUCCAGGCUUCUCAGGAGGACUCUGGGAAUCUAGGAGCCUUCCGAUGAGAAUGGAAACACUUGGACUAGCCCUGAUCUCCAUGGUGGGCAUUCAAGUCUUUCAGACGCUAAUUAGCAGAAGAGGCAGGGGAAAACAUGAGUAGAAGUAGCCAGGAGAGAGCCGAGGAAGUUGUGCUGGGAAGGUGAAUGAGGGAGGAGACAGCAGGUGGCACCUUUACCAUGGUUUCCCUCAUGGGGCAAAUGGGCACCUCUCAGGUUUUGUCCUCCCCAAGACACAGAGCCCAGAAAGCCAUAAAAGUAGGAGUCAGUGUGAGGUCCCUGUGAUGUCGUGAGCGUUCUAUCCA